AUGGCACUGACUCCUGGAAGUGACUCUCAAGGUGCAGAAUCACAGGUUGGCGUCGACGAGGAGCCUACCAAAACGGCUGGAUCUGAGUGCUCCACCCCAGCUUCUGCGGGCUCUGGCGACCAGGUGUCCACCUCCGAUGCUGCGCUACGACACAACACGCCUGCCGCUGAUCCUGCUUUGAGCGGAACGCCUCUAGGAGAUGACUCGCGCGAGUUAGAUACCACCACGUUUCAUUCCCAUGCUGUCCAGCUCCUCCCCUCGGAGCCCAAUGGCACGUGGCGUACCCAGGUGAGCUACGCGGUAACAAGCCCCAGCAAGUCUGCCCCAACUCUGCGGGAAGUGUACCAGGGGCAUGGGCCCCAGCUCGAUGUACCAACACUGCUCCACAGGCUCAAGGAGACAGCCAAAGGCCGUAAGGAUAACGUUGAGGGCUGGCUGAACCAGACGCUCGCAGACCAGGAUCUGGGCGAGAAGCACAAUGGUCUGAUGCGCUCGUUGCGUGUGCCUUCGAUGCCCAACAUGCGCCAGAUCGGUCUGGCUGUAGAUGCAAUGUCCGAAUUCGGGCAGUCGCUGCGAAAGCGCCGCUCGGAGUCGGAGCUGCUUGAGAAGUUCAGAUACGAUAAGUAUAUCUUUGCAGAGGUUGUGUGUCGAAAGGCUGAGCGUGCGUUGAUUGAGCAGGGUAUCUGCAAGAAGUGGCAGCUCCAGUGCAAGAACUACGUGCAGCUGCAACACGCCAUGCUGGUAGCACUCCUACGCACCUCCACACGUAUACAACAGGCAUACAUGAACAUGCCGCUUUUUCGUGCUCAGCCGCAAUGGAUCGCAAAGCGAGAAACGAAGGUCUGGCGUUUAGAGCUUGACGUUGGUGUCGUCGGCGUUGAGGUUGGUCCUGUGACGGAUAGGUCAUUGAUCGAACUCGGCUUCAUCGACACUGAGUUUGAGCUUCCAGAGUCUUGCGGAUGUGCUCCUAUUGCAGACAUCGAUCGUCAAGCUCAAGGCGUGGAGGACGAGUGGCAGUUGCUGGAGGCGUAA